CUCAUACUGAGGCUCUUCGCAGGUUUGCCUGCAGUUAUCUUGCCUACUAGGAUGUGCUCGGCCGCUACAGUACUCAUACCAAGGUCAUACCACGGUCAGGCCGAGUCGAGCCGCCCUAGCUUCGAGAGUCUCUGCAUCAUGGACCCUGAAAGCGGCAACACACCCCUGGUGAUGUAAUCAUCAGCUGGAAUGCGACCACGCAGCCCAGACCAAGGCGCAAUAUGGAAGACUUGCACUUGUAUGUCCUAGCUGCUGCCGGACGGUAGGAAGCCCGAGAGCCUCACGUGUGCUCUUCCUCUCCUUCAAUGCCUUCACCAAAUGGUCUUCACUCCACUGGAUAUUCUUGCAUAGUAAACACCAAUCAUAGACCCAUUAUCAACAAACAUGUCAUCCACGAGGUUUCUCAUAUCCCGGCCUCUGGCCACAGCCGCAGUGAGACCCAGGCGUCUGCCCAUCCGGCUAGCAGCACCGUCCGCAGCAUCCCAGCGAGCCAACUACUCCCCGAUACCACCACUUGACAAGAAGAACGACGACCUGGGCGGGCCAUACGGACAGGAGCCUCCAGAUGUUGAACACCGGCAGAAGCAGAACCGCGGGUUCGCCUUCCGCACGGCGGUGACCCUCGGCCUCGGCCUCGGCGUCGUCGUGCUCUUCUCCAUGUUCGCGAGCCCAAGACAGAUCGCCCAGCACCAGAUCGAGAACGACAAGGUCAUCGGUGGGGGCCCUUCCUCCAACACGGGCAAGGCCCUGGCCGACCUCAAGCGCCGCGACGGCGUCAAGACCUCCCACCAGCUUCACCAGGAGCAGUCGGGCUCGAGCAUCCUGGGGACCAAGUGAAGGUUGGGGGGGUUCUGCCGGUCUGGGCUCUGGGGUCGGACCGAUCUGGCACGGGAAUUGUCGUGCUUGUCAGCCACUUCCAGGGCGUGGAGCGGGUCUAGGGCGAACUGACAAGGCGAGGUGCUGGCUCAAGCUGGUGGCCGUGGAAUAAGUGCAUGUAUUGAAGAUGGUCUAGAAAUAAAUUGGCGUGAUAGAUAAAACGGAUUGGUGUCUGAAGGCG